AUGUCGGUAUUCACUGAUAAAAAAAAGGGAUUCAUAACUUUUGAAGGGUCUCAAGAUUUUAGACUUCGUAUUGUUUUGGCCACUCUCAGUGGCCAGGCUAUCGAAAUUCAAGGAAUUCACAAAAACGACAGUUCUAUCGGAAUUAAAGAUUACGAAAUGACGUUCUUAAGAAUUCUCGAGUCGGUCACAAAUGGCUCAUUUAUACAGAUAAAUUAUACUGGUACAGUUGUUCGAUAUAAACCCGGUCUUAUUGUUGGAGGAACCCAUACAUUUAAAGUACCAAAAUCUCGAGGAAUGGGCUAUUUUUUAGAACCUUUACUUCUCCUUGCACCUUUUGGGAAAAAGCCUCUUUCGAUUACUUUAACUGAUGGUAUCACAUCAGUUCCUAGUUUUUUACCAAGUUCUAUUAAAAAUAAUGAUAAAUCAGGUACCAAUCGUGAGGAUAUUUCAGAUGUAGUUGAUGGAUCCGGUGAUAUUGGUGUGGACACAAUUCGUACAGGUCUUUUUCCUAUUCUUCAAAAGUUUGGCAUUGAUAGGGAAGAGCUUCGAAUUACAAAGCGUGGUGCACCCCCUAAUGGUGGUGGUGAGGUACAAUUAUAUAUGCCACAUUUAAUUUUGCAACCAAAGACCGUUCAUCAAACUUCUACGCCUAAUAUAGACAGAAUAAGAGGUAUAGCAUAUAGCACGAGGGUUUCGCCUGCUUCGGUUAACAGAAUUGUAGAAGCAGCUAGGACAGUACUUAAACCAACUGGAUGCGAAACAUUCAUUUAUACCGAUGUUGCAGUAAGUACUGAGAGUGGAUUAUCUCCAGGGUUUGGUUGCACAAUAGUUGCAGAAACUAAGUCAGGAUGGGUAUAUGUAGCUGAAGAAGUUGCACGACCUGGCGAUACACCUGAAGACUUGGGUUCUCAAACAGCUGCCAAACUAUUAGAAAACAUUUCUUUUGGUGGAGUCGUCAAUCGUGGUGCUGCAUUAAGGCUAACAUUAAUUUUGAUGGCUCUCGGAAAAGAAGAUAUCGGGCGCAUUAUGUUAGGAAAGAGUCUUAUUGAUGAUGAAUUUGUUAGGUUUUUACGAACCCUGAAAAUUUUUUUGGGAGUGGAAGUUGUUUUAAAAGAUCAAGAUUUUAAAUCAAAUGAAGUUUUAUGCUUGAUCAAAGGGAUUGGGUUUGUAAAUUCGAAUAAAAAAAUAGCAUAA